AUGGGUGCCAAAGCCUCGAGACCAAAGCCUGGAGCUCGUCUUCAAGUCAUCGGCGCAGGUCUCCCAAGAACAGGCACAGCAUCGUUCGCCGCUGCCUUGUCACUACUAUUUGACGGGCCAGUAUAUCACGGCGGAACGCAAACCUUAGUGAAUACGGACGACACUCAGGUGAAAGCCUGGAUCGAUAUCCUCGCGCACACACCAUACAAGACACCCGCCGAUCGAGAAUACGUGAUGGGAAAGCUCCAGACUUUGACACAAGGCUUCAUCGCAACUGCAGAUGCACCACUGGGUCAGUUUGUUGAAGAAUUGAUGGAAAUUUAUCCAGAUGCACAGGUCGUAUGCACUGUUCGAGAUCGCGAUGCCUGGGCCAAGAGUUUGGACGAGACUGCCAAACCGUCCUUGCAGCCCUUCCUGGGCCUCUUAGUUUACUGGGUUCCGGUUCUCACGCACUUUCCAAAGUAUAUCCAGCAUCUUCAAGCUGGUCGAUGGGGGGAAUUGUACUCGCAGCCCGGUGAAAAGUGGUCGGUUGGAAAGGAUGUUUGGGAUAGACAUAUGGCAUAUUUGGAAAGAACUGUUCCAAAAGAUAAAAUAGUCUACUUUGACGUGCGAGAGGGCUGGCAACCUUUGUACAAGGCUUUGAAUGUGCAAGUGCCAGUGGAUGUCGAGUUCCCCAGGAUCAAUGAUGGAAAGGCUAUGGAAGAUUUUGCGAAGACGCAAGUGCAGAGAGGUUUGAAGCACUGGGUAGUCCGGCUGUUGGGUUGUGCAACUGCAGUGGCAGUCAUAUGGCAAUACUUCAAAGUGUAG